UAUCCGAUGUAAUGAGCAAGUGCCAGGCAGCACUGGGGAAGACUGGAGAAAGCUCAGCACAGUGAAAGACUUCAAAUAAAAGGCUGUAACAGCGGAUACUCCAAAACCAGAAGGAUAAUGAGGACGUCCAUCCAACAGGCUCUCCGAACUUUCGCUGGAUACGGGGCGCUGCACCUAUUAGUCCUUCUUUCAAUUGGAAACACGAAAGUGAUAGAAUGAAGGUGCUGUAGUGGUUUCUAAAAUACGAGCACCUAAACUCGUUGGCCUGUCGACAGCCGUGGGUGAACGGUUUUCUUAGCGGGACGGGGUAUUUUGAAGCGACCAGAGGAAGCAGGCAGGCUCCCCCCCCGCUCCGACCGGACUCCCCCGCGGCAGGAGGGCGACGGGAGUGGGAAGCGGGGCUCGGCGCCCGCCGCGGCAGAGAAGUGAGAGGCCGAGCCGGCCGAGCGGCUCCGAUCCCUGGGCCGGGGAGGGCCGGGCGGCGGCGGCCACUGCCUCUCGCACACAGCCGAGCGGCAGCGGCGGCGGCGGCAGGGGCAGGUCGCGGCACACGCCGCUCCCCCGCGGGAGGGCGGCCGUGGAGCCGCUGCCAUGGAGAAGCAGCCCGGCGGCGAGGACGACUGCGUGGAUUCGGGAGCCGAGACGGGCGGGUCUGAGUACAGCCGUAUGUCUUCUACCAGCAGUGAACUUUCUGUGGAAGGUAUACAAGACCCAUUCCUUGUUAGUGUACAUAUUAUCACAGACCCAGGUGAAUCCAAGACUCUUCAGCAAGCCAUUGAUAAGCUUCUAGCCUGGAUCCAUCCAGACCUCCAGCUGUUUCGAGUCUCAGAAAGACGAGCACCCAAGAAACACAGGAAGCCAGGUAAGGCUGGUGUUUCUCAGCCAGCCCUUGCCAUCAUUCUGUUUAUGCAGGAAGAAUAUGGAGAAGAACCAAUCUUGCACCUCCACAAAAUCUUUCAGCGGCCACCUUGGCAUUACCACCACACAGAGCAAGUGCAUGGGAAGUUCCUCCCUUACAUGCCAUGCAGCCAAGACUUUUACACUCUGGCUCCAGAGACUCCUCUGUGGGCCAUUCGCCCAGUGCACUAUGGGAAAGAAAUUAUCCGCUUCACUAUAUACUGCAGGAGUGAAAACUUCACUGACAUUUUGAAAUUGUACGAGUUAAUACUGAAAAGACCAGUAUGUCAGAAAAAAGCAGACUUCUGUGUUUUUCCUGUCUAUUCUAACAUGGAAAUAGACAUUCAGUUUUCUUUAAAAAAGCUUCCAAAGGGCCAGCUGCCAAUGCCAACAGAGUCAGCGGUGCUGGAGUUCAGAGUAAAAGAUGUGGGGCAGCUUGUGCCUCUCUUGCCCAACCCUUGCAGCCCCAUCAGUGAAGGCAGGUGGCAGACAGAAGACCACGAUGGAAAUAGGAUCCUUUUGCAGCAAGCACGCAGUUGGUGUAGGAAGUCUGCAAAGCAGAACAAGCAACCAUAUCCAUCUGUGCCAACAGAUUCCUGCUUCACCACGCUGCCAGCCUUUCUUCCUCAGAGCCACCGAUCUGUCCCUGAACAACCAAAAGAAAUGGGUCAAAACAAGGCACAUCACACAAAUGGCCUUGGUCAUUAUCUUGGUUUCUCCCAGCAGGACUUGAGACACAGUGGUCGAGGAGACUUCACACGCAGAUGCAGCAGUGCCUCCAGCAUUUCAUGGUCAUUUCAGCGAAGCAAGUCUCUGUUCUGCUUGCCCACAGUGAACUCCUCUUCAGCCUCAGAGACUUUACAUUUCAGUGAACCAUUUCAGUUUUUAAAUACUGGGUCACCUGCAACUAGGUUAAAAACAUUGAGAUGCAGCCCCAGGCUUAACAUUGAUGACUUAGAGGGUGCCCAGGAGACGGAUGUAGACACAGGAAUGAAGCUGUCCUUCUCAGACCUGUCUGUGGUCUCUGCAUACUCUGCUCUUAAUGGAUUUUUCAAUGAUUUGGAAGCCUCUCUUCCCCCCCAGAAACAAACUGUCAGUAGGGCUAAACAGGCAGCCACCAGUGGAAGGCCUGUGUCAGCCAUGUGCAAUACCUUUGAGUCAGUUGAUGCUUCACUACCUUCUCUUUCUGAAUGGUCUUCCAGCUCAUUCACAUCAGCAUCUCUCUCCAAGCAGCACAAACAGUCCUCAAGAGCAGCUCCUUGUUCUCUGGAUGAUCAUGGAAGUGUUUGCCCAGCUUCAUCAGUUAAUGAAGAAGAAUUUUACAUCUGAGGUUUCUCUAUUUUACACCUUCUAGGGUAGAUGUGUUCUACUUGUGAAUGGCAGCAGUGGGCCCACCUUGAGCUUGAAGGAGGUUCUUUGCUCAGGAGAAGGUGAUGCAGCAGAGAAUGCUAAAUAUUUGAAGAAAACACUCAGAUGCCUCAGAGAUGGGUGUCCCCAAACUAUGUACAGUGAACUAGUCUGAGCUUGCACCCUGUACCUUUGUACUGGAGGAGAUGAUCAGCACUGAGGCUUCUCCACAGCAGUGCAAGGUGGAUGGUGGCUGUGACUGACCCUUGGACUGGUGGUGAAGAAAAUGCCAGAAGAGGUGCAUAAUAAUCCAUUUUUCUUUUGCAGAAAAGGAAGAGUAAUUUAUGCCACCAAACUGCUUUAAGUUUUCUGAGAAAUUCCCUUAACUCAGGAAAGAUGGAAGGAGAAAGGGGUCUUCUUUCUCUUUCACAAGUUCCAGAGGCAGCUCUAAGCACAGCAGGUCCCAGAGCACAUCUCCAGUAGAGUCAGACAAGAAGUUUCCUGUGAGGACACACACAGUUCUUUCUAAUUUCUGAGAGCUGGCAGUGGUGAGGUGGGUGAGAAGUUUCAUUCCUUCCCCAGGGAAGAAGAAGCUCCAGUAUAUCCAUGGAUAGUGCAGGAUGAGGAAAGUGCCAAAAGCGGAAACCUUACAGAACAUUUUCAACCUAUAUCCUUUCCAGCUGGAAGGGAGCCAUCUGGGCUAUUGUCUGAACCCUGUGGAUAGUGGUAACCCAAGUAAGCCACUUUUAAUUCAGGCAGUAGAGAGUUUACCUUUUUGGAAUACAAAUCAAGGAAGAUAACCCAUCAUUUUUACAUAUUGCUACAUCACUAGUCCCAAAUAUAUAGCAGCUCCUUAUUUUUUAAGGGUUUGUUAUUUUUCUGCUAAAGAUAAUUAAUGCAGAAACUUAUUCUUCAUAUUUCCAGUUCAAGCAUACUUCUUUCUCAAAUACCUCUCUCCAAAAGGAGAACAAGUAUAAUUUUACUGGAUUUUCAAGUAAUUUUUUUAGAGUACGUGUUCUUGAUAACUUGUUUUGCUCCAAUUAAUUUGGUAUUAAAAGCAAAAAGUAAGUUAAAAGCUGUUAAUAUGACAGCUAAGUACUUUCACCAGGAUUUAAGUCGUAUAAACAGAUGAUUGCAUCGUGAAGAGUUACAUUUUUGGCAGAGAAGUGGCACUGAUUGUAGUUCUGAUCUAGCCGGUGAGAAAAUGAACAUGUUAGAAUGUGUAUGUAUAAGGCUGGAUGAAAGCUAUAUACAGGUACAGAUGCUGAAGACUUGCUAUGAUGGCAUUGUGCUGGAUGGAAUAAAAACGAAUUUGUGGAGGAAAAGAUGUUUGCUAUAUUGCCAGGCAGUUUUAAUCAGAAGAAUUGCUGCUUUGGGGGAAAAAAAUAAAAUAAAAUAAGCUCAUACAUACCCUAAAUAAUAGCUACAAAAAAUGGAACAGCUCCCCUGGCUCAUUUAAGUAAAUGCACAGUUUGUACAAACAGUUCUGGAAGGAAGUUGGGGGGAAAUUGAGUACAGGUUUAUAGGGGAGGAGAGGGAAUUCCAUUAAACCUGCACGCCCAAACCAGAAGAGGCCAGAGGGCUCACCAAGAGUCAAGAUGCUCCUCCUCAAGGCUUUUUGCUUUUGCUGUCAUUUUCUCCACACAGGGAAAGAGGCAUCAGGCUGAAGUCCAAGUCUCUUCUCUGUGAGAUGCUAUCAUAGCAUGUACCAGAGGUAGACCUUGUCUUUUGUGCUAAACGCAAUGUAUAAAUAGGAAAAAUCUAUCCAAGCUCUAAAAGAACAGGAGAUUACCAGCCUUCUACCACUCUCCCAAACUGUUUAGGCUUACUGCAGUUUUGGGUAAACUGUUCUCUUAAGAAAUGCCUGGAAAAGGAAAUAGCACCAAUCAAGGAUUUGUCAUGAUGUGCAUGUGUUUACCUCUUUAUACUCUUUCAGAGUUCACACAGCCUUUCCUCUGACUUCCCUGGACUUUUGGUCAAACCCCCUCUGAACACAGUGCACCCAAUUUGUACAAAGCUGUGCUCCACAUUCUUGUUUGCACACUGUCAAAAUACAUGUAAAACACUGUGAGGUCAGACCAGCAGCUUUUUACAUCAGCUUGCAGUUCACCGUAGAAGCAGUGAUGCCUAUGACAGUCAGGCUCCACAGGUUUAAACUUAUGAUUCCUUAUUUUCUGUCAUAUUCAUGGUAGUACAAAAAUAAAUGAUGAAAUAGCAUUGCAAAUUUAUGGGACAGCCAUUUUAUCUACACUAGUCACUUCCAGAUAUGACAACCAACAGGAUAAAUUUUGUUCAGAUCUGUUAAAAAUUAUAGCUUUCAUUAUUUGAGGGGAAAAAAAAAAAAGCCUUUUCAUGGUGUUUUAAUAACAUAGAUAACAUUUAAUCUGAACAUGAAAUCAAAAGCUGGUUUGAGCUGAUGUGUCUAUCUGAUCCUGGCAUUAUGCCAGUAACCAGACUCUUGUCAAAAGCUGACUGAGGCUUUUAAUGAAGAGGAGGCUUUGAAACAUCUUUCUGCCUAGGGUGUGUCUCUGCAAGAAGGGGUUCAGCACAUCUGGGAGCUGUCUUCUGAUGCAAAAAGAGGCACUGGUACUGUACCUCUACAAACAAGCACAGGGUACCUCGAGUGCCAAUCAUGAGGCUCAUGUGUGGUGUUAACUGGCAGCUCCACAAGCAUCUCAACUCCAGAUUUUACCACGUUAAUCCUAAUGGGAAGAAAGCCAAAUGAGCUUUCACAGACUCUGAAUUUAUGCUGUCUCCACUGGGUUUAAUUGUUUACAUUCAUGGUGCUUGUAACCAAAUUUUGCAAUAACUGACUGUCAUACUGUCAGGAAAACCAGAGAUGAUCGUGUGCAGAAAACUUUCUGUCAAUAAUAAAGGAAGCCAGAUUUUGAAGAGUGUUUCACUGAAGGUAGGCUUUGUUAAUUCUCUUGCCAUUAUUUAAGAAGGGGCUGAUCUCUUCAGAGAACAUGCACAAGUUUCAUGGCAUUUACUUAUUGUUUUGGUUAAAUUAUGAACAACGUCAUUUUAGAACUGUAGGUUUUCCCUGAAAUUUCUCUCCUUCUCACCCCAGAAUGCAUU